AUGGCCAGUCAAAACGAGUUAUCCAGAUUUUUGGAGGACAUACUCAUGUAUACUAUUAUCGAUAUAGAGGAUAGUUGGAAGGACCACUUGCCAUUAGUGUAUUUUUCCUACAAUAGUAGUUUCCAAUUGAGCAUUCAGAUAGCUCCGUACGAGGCCUUGUAUGGGCGAAAGUGUAGGACUCCGCUUUGUUGUACAAAGCUCAGUGAGGAUAAAAUAGUAGGCCCAACCUUGAUUCGAGAGACAGAAGAGAAGGUUUGGUUGAUUCAGAGUCGGAUUAAGGAGGCUUCAAACAAAUAUAGGUCUUAUACAUAUUUAAAGCAUAAGGACAUAGAGUUCGCAGUUGGGGCCAAGAUAUUCCACGAGGUUUCCCCUUCGAAGAAAGUGCUCUGCUUCAGCGCAAGGGCAAGUUGGAUCCUCGUUUCAUAUGACCUUAUGAGAAGAUACCACUCUGAUCCUUCGCAUGUAAUACCUUUAGAACAGAUUGAGGCUGGCUCAAACAUAACCUAUUCAGAGGAACUAAUCAGAAUCUUGGGGAGCAAAAUAAAGGAGUUAAGGAACAAGUUGAUUCAUUUGGUGAAAGUCUAUGGAGGAACCAUGGCGUCGAUAAAGCCACAUGAGAAACCGAGGAGGAUAUGUAGCAUCAGUACCCUCACCUCUUUUUCACAGGUUGAGUGUCGAUACAAGAGGGAUAGUAUCGAAACUUGUUCUUCUUCACAAGCAAACUCAUGA